CUGUUGUCGCGGCAAGAUGGACGUAAUUACUUGUGCCAAUAACGUGCCAAGCAGCGGUAAACCGUCGUUGCGAGUGCGCACAAAUAGUCGGAUCACAGCGGCAGAUGAGAAAAUCAUUCUAAGCGAGAUACAAUUGUGUCCCAGUGUAAUGUCAGAACAGACGAAAAAGAUGCUGCCGCCGCAUUCUGAAAGGAUUCAAACGAAACCGUUUCCCAUUCGAGGUGAACGAGCUAAUUAUGUGAACAUUCCACACGUUAUUGCAACUGUAGGAUUACCCGCACGUGGAAAAACUUACAUUGCUAAAAAGCUGUCACGUUACUUAAAUUGGAUUGGCAUCAACACAAGAGUUUUCAAUUUGGGCGAAUACCGAAGAAAAGAGACGACUGCAUAUCGCAACCAUGACUUUUUCCGCUCGGAUAAUCGCGAGGCGAUGGAGUUGCGACAAAAAUGUUGCCAAGAUGCGCUCAAGGAUGUGUGCCAAUGGCUCGAUAAGGACGGCGAAGUAGCUGUUUUUGAUGCCACUAACUCAACGCAGGAACGGAGAAGGCGAAUUUACAAACAUAUUGUCGAAGAAAUGGGUUACAAAUUGUUCUUUGUGGAGUCGAUUUGCGAUGAUCCUUCGAUUAUCGAGCAAAAUAUCAUGGAAGUAAAAGUUAGCAGCCCAGACUAUCGUAACAUGAACACAGAAGAAGCAUUACGCGAUUUCCGUUUGCGAAUCGAGCAUUAUGCGGAAAAAUAUGAGCCGCUGGAUGAAGAGACUGAAGAUAUCUAUUCGUACAUGAAGAUUUACAAUACAGGCGAAAAAGUUGUCAUUCACAAGCACGAGGGACACAUUCAAUCGCGGAUCGUUUACUAUUUGAUGAAUAUUCAUAUCACGCCGCGAACCAUUUAUUUGACACGACAUGGAGAAUCGGAGCACAAUUUGAAAGGAUUGAUCGGAGGCGAUAGUGACUUGAGUGAACGUGGUCAAGCAUAUGCCAAAGCACUCUCGGAGUACAUAAAUGAGCAAAAAAUCGAAGGAUUGCGUGUUUGGACCAGUUGGAUGAAACGUACGAUUCAAACAGUGGCAUCGCUCGAGGCUCCGCAAGAACGAUGGAAGGCUUUGAACGAAAUUGAUGCAGGCAUUUGUGAGGAAAUGACUUAUGAACAAAUUCAAGCCAAAUUCCCGGAAGAGUUCAAGGCUCGUGAUCAGAACAAAUUCGCGUAUCGCUAUCCGCGUGGCGAGAGUUACGAAGAUUUAGUUGUUCGUUUGGAGCCCGUUAUGAUGGAGUUGGAACGUCAAGGCAACGUGUUGGUAGUUUCGCAUCAAGCUGUGCUUCGUUGUGUUCUCGCAUAUUUUUUGGAUAAAUCUGCUGACGACUUACCGUACCUUAAAGUGCCUUUACAUACGAUUAUCAAACUCACACCCGUCGCUUACGGAUGCAAAGUCGAGCACAUAACUCUCCCCGUGGAUGCCGUCGACACACAUCGUCCCAAGCCAGAGAUACCCGGUCAAGUAUGAACAAACAAAUACUAACAAGCCUAUAAAACACUAAAAAAAAUUCCUGUGCGAGAUGUUUCCUUCACCACCAACGUUGUUGAACUGAAAAAUAGUUGUAGUUGCUUUGUUUCCUUAUUAUUUUAUUUUUUUAAAUAAUAAAAAAAAAAUCAUCGUUUAUUUUCUUUCUUUUUAAAUUUUUAGGUUCAACGGAGGUUCAAACUUUAAGUUUUGAUAUUUUUAAAAAAUAAAUUUGAAUUAUUUUUGGUUUUAAUAGCUUUUUUUUAGAAAAUAGAUAUUUGGAAAUAAAGAGAGAAAAAAUAGGAAUGAAGAACCAAAGAUUUUAUUUUUCUGAUUUUUAUUUUUUAGUUGCAUUUAUAAUUUUUUAUUUUCUGUUCACAAACGAUUCUCUCUUAUAAAUUGUCGUCGAUGACUAAAUAAAUUAUUAAUUUUAUAAAUAAAAAUAAUUAAUACAAAACAUAAAUAAUAAUAAUUAAUAAUUUUUUAGUAAAAUUAAGAAUUUUGUGUUAAACCUAAUUAUGUUCUAUGUUUUAAUUGGGA